AUAAAAAAUAAGCGAACAAAUCGAAUAAUGUGCGAAUUACGAAAUUGGAAAGUUGGCAGUUUUCACGUUUGAGUUAGGACUAAGCGUGAUUUGUAUAUUUGACAUAAUGGCGGUUUCUUCAAACAAGAAAAGAAAAACAGAAACAAAUACGUCGUUUCCAGAUGAUUUUAAAGCAAUUCAGUUCUUAAAAUCUAAGAUUCCAUGUAAUUUGAUGUGUUUAAACUUUUCUGAAGUGAAUGGAAGCGACAAGUUUAUUAGUUCUUAUAUCAUUGGUAAAGUGACACAAAUUUGGCCAAUUUCUGAACGAAUAAAAAAUGGUUACCUUUUAAAAAUUAUGAUUUCUGAAGCAAAUUCCAAUUUUAUGAAUUUUGAAGAAGCAAAACUUGCUGUAUUUUUAUUUGAUAAAUUUGCUUUAGAAGCUAAUCCUGUAACAAUCAAUAGUUUUAUUGCUUUUUGUGGAUUUAUAACGGAACAUUUGACUGCCAAAGGUGAUACAAAUGUUUUACCUUACCAAGUUUUAGUGAAGCCUGCAGAAAAUUCUAAAAUUUGGGCAUCAAAAACUCGAACAUAUGUGUAUAAUACAUUACAGGAAGCUAUAGAAGAAUAUAAUAUAGAUCCUAAUAAACGACACAAUGUUUAUGGUUUAGUUACACAUUGUGAAAUUGUUUCAAAUUCAAGAUUUCAAAAUUCAUAUAUUGAAUUAACUAUAAUGGACAAGUCAACUAAUAAUUUUAAUUGCCUUAUCUUUGGAAAUCAAGAUGAAAAUUUUCCUAAUAUUGAACCCGGUGAUGUUGUCAGACUUCAUAGAAUGAAGAUCGAUAAAUUUAGAAAAAUACAUAAAGGAAAAUGUUUUUCACUAAAAGAUAUUGUGGUGUUUAAGGAUAAUGAUAAUGUGGAAUCCAAUGCAUUGACUUAUACCUAUACUGAGGAUGACAAAAUGAAGGUAGAAGAAUUUCAAAACUGGAGGAAAUCAGUCAACAUAAAGUAUAAAACUUUUUCUGAUAUUACAAGUGGAGAAUAUGCUGAUAUUUUAUGUCAAAUUAUAAGUGUUAAUGUAGUCAAUGAUGAUUUGGUGAUAUUAAAAGUGUGGGAUGGCAGUGAACCACAAUGUCCCUUAAAAUCUUAUCAAGGAGUAUUUAAAGAAACAAAAUCGUAUGAAAAAUUAUUGCAUUUGUCAAAAUACAUAGUAGAUAUUUGGAUAUAUGAUUUUCAUGCUAAAGAAGCAGCUAAAUUAGAGCCACUACAGAUAGUUGAAAUACGAAAUGUUCAUAUGUACAUAUCUAAAAAUUCCUUGUUGAAGUCUAAAAACCAGAUUUGUCUACAUUCAAGUACUAAUUUAAAAAGAGCUAUUUCUGUUUUGACAGAUAAUAAUUUUCUUGUUAAAAAUUUUAAAGAAAAAUUAGAUAAACUAGCAAGUUGUUCAAGUUAUGAAAUCAGUAAUGAUCAAGAAUCCGAAAUGAGAACUACACAGAAAAACUCAGGUUUUAUUUUUGAAAGCAUGGACAGUAUUAUCAUCAGUGAUUGCACAGAUUCACAAUUUAAGGAAAUUAAUCAAUUAGAGGAAUUAGCCAGAAUAAAUUUUGAAACUUCUCAAUCAGUUGGAAGUAAUUUAAAAAUUAAUUCAAAUGAUGACAUUUUUUUAAAUGAGAUUACAGAUAGUCAUCUGAAAGAAAGUGAAGAAGGAAUAAGUAAUAAUAGUGGAAGCAUAUUAAAUGAAUUUUGUGAUGAAAAUUUUCAGUGGAAAAGAGUUAAAACUGUAACUGUAAAUAAUUUUAGAACAAUAACACCAGUUUCAAUAAGUAAAUUAUUGAAAGGAAAUGUUCCUGGUAAAUACAGAGUAUUUGCAAAUGUAUUGGAAAUUACACCAUCUGUUGAGAAUGUGAGGAACUUUCUUUUUGUCUACUGCCCUAUUUGCCAUUUUUUGAGACCUGAAUUAAGCAUGAAUAUAAGUCGUAUUCAGAAUGGUCAUCCUGUAUAUUAUUGUUCAAACUGCAGUAGAACAUCUGUAUUUGAUAAACCAGGCAUAUCCACACCAUGUUUUGCCCUGCAAUAUACUUAUUUAUUGGAUUUAAUAUUACAAGAUGGAACUGGAAAGAUAAAUGUUUAUUUAUAUCAAAAGAAUGCAAUUGAAUUUUUUAAAGGAAUAUUACCUCAGACUUUAUUAAAUCCUGAUAGCAUAAAAGCAAAAAAAGUUUUGCAAUAUUUAAAAAAUAUUUGUCCAAACAGUUUCCCAACAAAAUUUCAAGCUUGUAUCACAAGCAGUUAUCCAGUAAUUGACUGUUGUAUUCAAUCAUAUCAUGGGGAAUCUGAUAUACAUUAUCAAAUAUUUGGAACUACAGUAUUUGCAGAUGAUGAUGAUGAUGAAUGAAUUUAGUUUUAAAUAUGCAAUUUCUUAAUUAAUUGAUAUUAUUAAAAUAAUAUUAACCAUAUUCAUUAAUAUAAUAUGUCAAUGAUUUGAGAUUUAUUGAUGGACGUUUUGAAUGUAUAUAUGUAUAUAUUUAAAAAGAAUAUAAAUUAUUUUUAAAUUUAUACUAUAGUAACAUUGUUAUAUAU